UAUGGGUCAUUAAGCACAACUUAGAGAUAACAUACUAAGUUACUACUACCAUAAUUUCAUUUACAGCAAAAAUUUUCUUUCAGAAUUUCUGUCCAGAAUAAUAUCAGUUUUGAUUGUUAUAAAUUCUCAAUCUGUUUAAUUAUAACUGUAAGUUUGAGUAUGCAAUCUUAUUGAUAAGAUGACUCCAAUCUAGAUCAUCCUGCUCUUAUAUAAUUUUUCAUUUUGAAAUUUAAGAUCCGUGAUUAAUGGUAUUGUAUUCUUCAAACAGUCAAGAGUGCCAAUUUUUAUUUCACUUCAUCGAAAAAUUAUAUAACACUAUUUGUUUCAUGGGACAAGAAUUCUCAAGAACUGCUUUUGAGGAAGAAGCCAACUAUUUAUGAAAACGUUUUGAGCUGAGGUGGCAAUAAUCUUUCAUAAACUAUUAACAUAAAAAUCUAGUCUAAGUGUCUUUUUCCUAGUGCUUCCAAUCACAAGUUUGGCAAGUAAGAUGCCUUGAGAUUUUCAAGAACCUUUCUAAUGAGAGUCUUAUUUUUCUUUAGAUCUUUAAUUUCGAGAUAUAGGGUACAUUUUGCUCCAAAGGUAAUAUCGUGAAUUUUCCUGACCUUAUUCAAAUCUGUCAGUCUUUUGAGAAGUAAUCGUAUAUCUGCAAUAUUUUUAAAACUUAUUCCCUAAUUGUGAAAAAAAAUCUGUUAAUAAUUUCUAGCCCAAACAUAUUAGUAUCCUUCAGAAUAAUGAUUCAUCAGAUGCUCUACUUUUGUAAGGGGGAUCUCCUUUUUCAAUCAUAGUAGAGUCUGGAGAGGAACCAGUUUUCCCCAUGCUUUGUUUUAUAAUUAUA